AUGAUUAAUAAAGCAGGCAAACAAUUAACCUGGUUAUUUGCUUUAAAAAUAUUAUCAAGAAUAUUUGAUUUGUCUUUAAAUAUCUUGGUCCUCCGAGACCUAGAACCAGGCAUUUAUGGACUCACAACUAAUUUGGAUUUGUUGACCAACAUCACUCUCUUCUAUUUAAAGAUCGUCCUGAAAUAAACCUACUCCAGAUUGAAGGACCCCAAUCAAGAACAAACCUAAUCGGCUGUCAAUCUAAUGUACUUCGGAUUACUCAUCACAAUCUGCAUUGCACCAAUCACUGUUUUGGUGAUGAGUUACAAUCAAAGUGUUGCAUUUGCCAAAACAGCCUUUCUCUAUGGAAUCUCCGCAGUAAUUGAUGGAGCUUCAGAACCCUAUGCUGUUUAAUGGAUCAUUUAAUUAAAAUUGAACGUGGUGGCCAAAGCAGAAGGCUUAGCAGUUUUUAUGAAGACGAUAGUGCUCUACAUACUAUUGGGGAAAUAUACACGCGAAUUAUUCUAGAUUGAAACUGUUAUUGGGUUUGGAAUUGCUCAAGUCAUCUAUUCCAUUUUCAUAUUCGGUUAUAUAUUUUCACUCUCCAAUCAAUCAAAAUUUAAGUAAUUGAAUAAAGAAGGAGUGUAUGUUGUGGCUGAGAUGAAAUAAGUGGGUUAUCAAUUUACAUUAAUGGCCUUUAUGAAAUUUUUAUUAUAAGAACUUGAAAAAAUAGUCAUGGUGAUUUACAACAAUCCCAUCAUCUCAGGAGAGUUUACCUUAGUCAGUCACAUUGGCUCCAUAAUCCCUCGCUUUAUCUAUGUUAACAUAGAAUAAAUAGCAUUUAAUUUGUUCCCUAAAAUCAAUCAAGAAGAAUAAACCUAAUUGUUGCAAAAAUAUCUGAAGUUCUUGAAUUUGGUUGGAAUAAGCAUCGUAAGUGCUGGUAUUCCCUGUGCAUCUGCAUUCUUACAGAUUUAUGGUUCCCAAUGGACUUCUGAUUCCUGUAUUUUGGCUAUGCAACUUUACUGUAUUUACAUUUGGAUCAUGGGCAUUAAUGGAAUCACUGAAAGCUAUGUGAAUUCUACAAUCGACACAAAAGAUAUGUGGUGGUACAGAUACUUGCUUAUUGCUUAAACAAUCAUAUAUAGUUUAUCUUUAGUAAUCUUGGUUCAAAUGGGAUCAUCAGGCAUAAUUAUCUCAAAUAUCUUAUCAAUGUCAGUCAGAAUUUUUGUGUCAUUUCUAAUCAUUAAUAAAUAAGGCAUAAAAAUCUAAUGGAAUGCAAUAAUGCCGAAAUUCAUGAUCCUUUACUUACUUGGAUUCCUUUUUUAAUAUUUAACAGAAGGGUUUUAAUUAUUAGUGUUGACUGCCCUAUACUAUGGAAUCCUUGGUUUGAUAAAUAUAAAAACAGUCACAGAGGUGAUCAAGAGUAAUUGAAUAUUGAAUGGUAUUAUAAUAUUGGGUUUAAAUAUUAUUAAAAUUAUUAUUGUUGUA